AUGAAGUUCGCCGCUGUUGUUAUGCUGGCACUCGCGGCGCCUUUUGCCGCCGCAUUUGGCCCUCGAGGUUUCGCCGAACGGUACAGUUCAGAGCAAUGCGACAUGUUACCCUGGAAUCUACUAACACAUGACUCAGAUCUCUUUACUAUCUACUUUACCUUGGUGAGGAAAUGCUCAACGAAGGGGACAUGCGAGUUGCGACGGGCGGAUGAGUUCCCUGAUACAAUGAUCUGGAGUUUUGCCCAUGACUCCAACUGGCUGAUUGACGCCCCCGUCAAGACCACCGAGGAGAUUGGCAGAUGCCUGUUAAAGCAGAUCAGGGAAAAGCGAUUAUCCCCCCAUCUCCCUAUUAUCUUCAUCGGACACAGCCUAGGUGGUAUCAUCAUUAAGCAGGCUCUGCGUGGGCGUGACUCCCAAGACAUCGUUGAUGAUACCGCGGGUGUUAUAUUUCUUGGAGCCCCUCAUCAAGGUUCGUCGGUUUCUGGUGCUGGCGCUGUGCUGGCCUCUGCGACCGGUUUCCUAGGAUCGGACACGACGCUGCUCCUGUCUCUGAACAAUCAUGGGGUGGUUUCACGGGAUUCUUCUAAUGUCCACGCCGAUGCCGACGAGAGCCAUAGCAUCGAGACGGAUCUUUCCGGUCUUAACAAGCGCGGCGGGCCGACCGAUACGCUGUUCACGAAACUGGCAGCGGCGAUACGACGCCUGAAAACCCCAUCGCUGCUCGAGCAAGCCGAUACGCAGAUCCGUAACAAACACUACACAGCGGACAGACUUAAGAUUAAGCGACUCUCGGGCGAGCCGCUGUUAAUGGAUCAGUGCUACAUUAACCUAGCCAUCGUGGAACAAUCUGGCCGCGACGCUGAUUACCUAAAAACGGAAGGGGACAUAGCGCCGUCGCCGUUUUCCAUCUGCGCUCGACAGAAGGUCGAGGCAUCCAACAAGACUCUACAGCUUGAGUUGGCAGCAAUUUUUAACGAACGCGACGGAAGCGACGGCCGACCGAUGCAUCCAUAA